AUGGCGGUUAACAGAUUACGGAGCGCGCUGGGGACAGCGAGGAAAGGAGAGACGUAUGAGCUGCGCGCGGGCCUGGUGUCACAAUAUGCCUGGGAACGAAAGGAGUCGAUACAAAAGACCAUCAUGUCCAUGACGCUCGGGAAGGACGUCUCAGCCCUCUUUCCCGAUGUGCUCAAGAAUAUUGCGACCCCAGAUCUCGACCAAAAGAAGCUCGUAUAUCUGUACUUGAUGAACUACGCCAAGUCGCAUCCAGACCUCUGUAUUCUGGCGGUCAACACCUUCGUUCAGGACUCAGAAGAUCCUAAUCCCCUCGUUCGAGCGCUGGCGAUACGAACAAUGGGAUGCAUCAGAGUGGAAAAGAUGGUUGAUUACAUGGAAGAGCCGUUACGAAAGACGUUGAAGGAUGAAUCGCCAUAUGUGCGCAAAACAGCAGCACUUUGCGUGGCCAAGCUCUUUGAUCUGAACCCCACUCUGUGCAUCGAGAACGGCUUUUUGGAGACAGUACAAGAGAUGAUUGGCGACAGUAAUCCUAUGGUUGUUGCCAACUCAGUGACCGCUUUGGCUGAGAUCACCGAGACUUCACCAGAGACGCGAGCUUUACAGGUGACUCCCCAGACACUGAAAAAGAUGCUGCUUGCUUUGAAUGAGUGUACAGAAUGGGGACGAAUCACGAUCUUGACGACUUUGGCCGACUACAAAGCUAUAGACACGAAAGAGUCCGAGCACAUCUGCGAGCGAGUGAGCCCGCAGUUCCAGCAUGUGAAUCCUGCAGUCGUCUUGGCUGCGGUCAAGGCGGUCUUCAUCCACAUGCAACACAUCGAAAACACGCAACUCCACGCCACAUACCUCAAGAAGAUGUCUCCGCCUCUUGUUACACUCGUCUCAAGUCAGCCCGAGGUGCAAUACGUUGCAUUGCGAAACAUCGAUCUCCUGCUCCAGAAACAGCCCGGCAUCCUAGACAAAGAGAUGCGAGUGUUCUUCUGCAAAUACAACGAUCCUCCAUACCUCAAACUGCAAAAGCUGGAGAUCAUGGUGCGGAUAGCGAACGCUCAGAACGUGGAUCAGUUGCUGGCAGAGCUGAAAGAAUACGCGUUGGAAGUGGACAUGGACUUUGUGCGAAAGGCUAUUCGUGCCAUCGGCCAAGUGGCUAUCAAGAUCGAGGACUGUGCAGAGAAAGCCGUGAACGUACUUCUGGAGCUCAUCAACAGCAAGGUCGGCUACGUCGUUCAGGAAGUCAUCGUUGUCAUCAAGGACAUCUUCAGAAAGUAUCCCGGCUAUGAAGGCAUAAUACCGACUUUGUGUCAGUGCAUUGACGACCUGGACGAGCCGAACGCGCGAGGCAGCUUGAUCUGGAUUGUUGGCGAGUAUGCCGAGAAGAUUUCCAACGCUGGAGACAUCUUGGCAGGUUUCGUCGAUGGCUUCAAUGAGGAGUUCACACAGACGCAACUACAAAUCCUCACUGCUGUGAUCAAGCUCUUCCUCAAAAAGCCAGAUCAGUCGCAAGGCCUGGUGCAAAAAGUCCUCCAGGCUGCAACGGCCGAGAAUGACAAUCCUGACGUCCGCGAUCGCGCAUACGUUUACUGGCGACUCCUCUCUGCGGAUCCCAAUGCGGCAAAGAACAUCGUGCUUGCGCAAAGACCACAGAUCAACUCAACCAUACCUGUACUUCCAGGGCCUCUACUGGACAAGCUGCUACCAAACCUCUCGACGCUUUCAUCAGUAUAUCACAAGCCACCGUCAGCGUUCCUCGGUCAAGGUCGUAGUUCGGCGUUGCAAGAGGAAGCCAUCGAAGAAGCCAAACAGAAUGCGAGAGAGAAUCCUAUUGCGGCAGCAGCCGUAUCAGCAGCAGUUGCUGGUACGAGUGCACCGCAAUUACAAAACAACGCCGAAAACCUCCUCGACAUCGACUUCGAUGGUGCCGCUCCUGCAUCGUUGUCAAAGGCACCCACAAUGGGUUCAUCUGGUCUUGAAGGACUUGCGGGCACUCCACAAAGAGUGGAGAGUCCAGCUCUUACCUCACCCACGCAGCCUCCCACAUCGGGCGGCUUCGAAGAUCUCAUGGGUCUGGGUGAUGCAGGCCCAGCCACGUCGAGUGGUGGCAACCAAGAUUUGAUGAACGGAUUUGCAGGAAUGAGCAUGGACGAUCAACCUCCGCCGCCGCAGACACAGAUGAACGGCGGUGGUGGGAAGAAGACGAAUGAAGACCUUCUCGGGCUAUUUUGA